CUCCAGGGUGGGCGUUUGGAGGAUGCGGCUCCCCCAGGUUUCCCUCCGCCGUGGCAGCCUGCGACAUGCCAGCAGCGGCACCGCAGCCCGCCCGUCGCUCCUGCCCCUAGGGCCGCAGCAGAGCAGCGCGCAAUAAACCGCGCCCGCGCAGGUGAUCAAAGAAGAGAAACAGCUGCAGAAGAGCGGAAGAUACCGAGGGGAUCUCGCUUCGUAGAGAUUUUUUCCCCCUGAGUUUGUUUGUUUUCCCUCCUAUUUUUUCCUUUUUUAAUUAUUUUGCUUUUUUUUUCAUUUUCUCCUUUUUUUUGGAAUCGAUCGUUUCUCAGCCCCUUCCAACUGCAACCAAACCAAAACAGAAACAACCCUCGAGCUCGCCGGGCUUUUUUUUUCCCCCGUUUUUGUUGUUGUUGUUGUCACCCCCCCCCCCCGCACCCCCUGCACCGGCUCCGCGCCGUGCCCCCCUCCGCUCGCAAGCCCUGCGCGCCCCGCCGAGGAGGAGGAGGAGGAGGAGGAGGAGGACGAAGGGCAGCGAGCUCGGAAGAUGGAGGUCUCGGCGGAGCAGCCGCGGUGGGUGAGCCACCACCACCCGGCCGUGCUCAACGGGCAGCACCCGGACUCGCACCACCCGCCGCUCGGCCAUACCUACAUGGACCCCGCGCAGUACCCGCUCGCCGAGGAGGUGGAUGUACUUUUUAACAUCGACGGCCAAGGCAACCCCGUGCCCCCCUACUACGGCAACUCCGUGCGCGCCACCGUGCAGCGAUACCCCGCGGCCCACCACGGGAGCCAGGUGUGCCGCCCGCCGCUGCUGCACGGCUCGCUGCCCUGGCUGGACGGGAGCAAGGCGCUGGGCAGCCACCACGGCGCGUCCCCCUGGAACCUCAGCCCCUUCUCCAAGACCUCCAUCCACCACGGCUCGCCGGGACCCCUCUCCGUCUACCCGCCCGCUUCCUCCUCCACUUUAUCCGCCGGCCACUCCAGCCCGCACCUUUUCACCUUCCCACCGACCCCUCCCAAAGACGUGUCCCCGGACCCGUCCAUCUCCACGCCCGGCUCCACCGGCUCCACCCGGCAGGACGAGAAGGAGUGCAUCAAAUACCAGGUGUCCCUGGCCGACACCAUGAAGCUGGAGUCGUCCCACUCGCGGAGCAGCAUGGCCUCUUUAGGAGGAGCCACCUCCUCCGCUCACCACCCCAUCACCACCUACCCCCCGUACGUCCCAGAAUACGGCUCCGGACUUUUCCCCCCCAGCAGCCUCCUGGGAGGAUCUCCCACGGGCUUCGGGUGCAAGUCGCGGCCGAAAGCACGCUCAAGCACAGAAGGCAGGGAGUGUGUAAACUGCGGGGCUACCUCAACCCCUCUGUGGAGAAGAGACGGCACCGGGCACUAUUUGUGUAACGCCUGUGGACUCUAUCACAAAAUGAAUGGGCAGAACCGGCCCCUGAUCAAACCCAAGAGAAGGCUGUCUGCAGCUAGAAGGGCGGGCACAUCCUGCGCGAACUGUCAGACCACCACCACCACCCUGUGGAGGAGAAAUGCCAACGGCGAUCCCGUCUGUAACGCCUGCGGGCUCUACUACAAGCUGCACAAUAUUAACAGACCCCUGACUAUGAAGAAAGAAGGAAUUCAGACCAGAAACCGAAAAAUGUCUAGCAAAUCCAAAAAGUGCAAAAAGGUCCACGACAACCUUGAAGACUUUCCCAAGAGCAGCUCCUUUAACCCCGCCGCCCUCUCCAGACACAUGUCCUCUAUCAGCCACAUUUCACCUUUCAGUCACUCCAGCCACAUGCUGACUACGCCGACACCGAUGCACCCUCCAUCCAGCCUCUCCUUCGGACCUCACCAUCCUUCCAGUAUGGUCACUGCCAUGGGUUAGCGAGAGACUCCCCUGCUGAAUGCUUACGGUCUCAAAAUGAGAUUUACUUUAUAUACUUGCAUUUUUGCAGGAGUGCGGUUAUGGGUCUGAUGUCCCGAAUCAAAUGGGAGGGGGAAAAAAGAAUAAAAAAAAUUAAAAAUGUUAUUUGAAGGCGUAAAAGCGAAAAAAAUAAAAAAACUCAGAAAAAAACAACAAAAAGCACAAAAAAGGAAAAAAAAGAAAAAAAAAGAAAAAAGUAAAAAAAAAGUUUUAAAAAAGUGAUGUUUGCCACUUUUUAAAGGAACUCACUAUGGCGUCUAUGUAUUCUUACCCACUGAAUCUGGAUACCAUUUGUGAAUAAGCCAUUCAGAACUUGCAUUCCCUAUUGGACAGGAUCUCUAGUGCUGUGAAAAAAAAUAAAAUAAAAUAAAAAACGCUGAACAUUGCAUAUAACUUAUAUUGUAAGAAAUACUGUACAUUUGAGGAAGACUUUAUUGCAUCUGGGGAGCUGUAAAGAAAAAAGGCAUGAAGGACUCCAAGAGAUUUUUUUUUAAAGGAAAAGAAAAAAAAAAGAGGACGGGAGGACAAUUUAAAAAACAGAAAAACAAACAAUGCAGACCAAGAGGAAACACGGUCUUACGAACAAAUGGACCAACUGCCAGUCAUGUCUUCUCCUUUUAUUUUAUUUUUUGAUUUUUUUUGGUUUCUUUUUCGUUUCCGGGGAGGGGGAGGGGGCUGGCUAGAACGGUUUUGAUGAUGCAUUAACUAACUAACUAACUAAAUAAAUAACUAAAUAAAUAAAACCUGUAGGGAGAUCAUUCAUUUCGGGCCAUGGGCCUUUUGCAUAGGAAGUACCAAUGGUGUCAGGCAAUCAGUGUUAACAUGCGGACAUUGCCAACAAGGGGUUUUCAGAUAGCCAUUCUCCAGGUCUAUACGCAUUGUGAACAAGUUCCUGUAAUUGUUGUUUGUAUGUAUAAUUCAACGCACCAAAAUAAGAAAGAUGUAGAUUUAUUUCAUCCUAUUAUACAGACUGAAUGGUUGUACAAAUUUAUUUACUGCUAGUGAUAAGACCUGCUUUUUUUGUUUUGUUUUCAUAUUUUUCCUCCUUUUUUUUUUUGGAGAAUAAACUAGAUUAAAUUCUGUUGA